CUGUUGGACCAAAUAAACAUUUGGAAUCCACGCGGCAAAACAUUUCCUGCUGUUGACCACCACCUGCCCUCCCGCAGUCCUCACAACCGACGGGGAAGAAGCACAGGAGAGCAAGGCGGAAGCAAGGGAAAGAAGAACCAGAUCAACAAACGAAGCUGAGAAGUGAGAUGGGUGAAACUCUUCUAAGGAAUUCAGAUCUUCAGAUUGCUCUUGGGGCUGGAACUGUUGAAUCCAUCUUGUUCAGCAGGGGGAGUAGAAGAUUAUGCGGUCAAGGACAAGUCCUUACUCGUCAUUUGCUCUUCAAACGUCCAUGCGUCUCAAGGAGGAAAAAUUCAAGCAAAUGAGAUACGUACUCAUCGUACGUUGGCUGGUCCUGGUUCACGCGGGGUGAAGACGUGAGGUACGUAGCUCUCGUCUUGUUCACUCUACUCGUUGCUUGGAUUUUUCCUCCUUUUAAUUUAGUUUGCCAUUGGGAGAAGUGCACUUUUGUAUCUUCCGUGUACUUUGUUUAUAUGUGCUCAACAUGCAAAUAUUAUAAUUUUGUUGAAUGGCUGUGAGAGUGGCAGCUCGUCGAACAUAUCCUCCCGUACAUAUGUUACAUUAUUCAACAGAAAUGUCCUUAUGCCCAUCUUAAUUUGCGUACUGUUGUGCCCUGAAUGCUCUUUUUUAUAUAUUAAGUGCAAAUUAAGCCGUCGAACUUACUGUUUAUAGAAAGGCCCCUUAUGCUUGACAAUUAACUUGGAAUAUCCACGGUUUAUUCUAAAUUAGUUGCCAUUUAAGUCUCUUAGUUUGUUUCAGCUGCGAUUUCUCAUUGGCAUGGCAAUAUUAUUUGUCUCAUUUAGAUGGUUCAUCAAUUAUCAAUGUGGCAAUUUCAGUAGGAGAGAAAAAAAAAAUCAUUGAUAUAGUGUUGGCCAUAUCGGGUCUAUACAUUUAUUUAAUCUCAACAUUCGCACUAUUUCUAGCUAAAAAACAAAGAACAAAAUGAAGUAAUGAUCUAGUUUUGUAAUUCGGGAGCUUCUAAAAAAACAGGAAAGGGAACUGCGUGCUAAUUUCAGGGGCUUGAAGUUAACUAUUGUAAAUGCUUUUAUUCUAUUAUGUGAUUUAUGUAAUUAUUUAAUGCUAAGAGGCAAUGAUUAAGAUCUUAAUAAUACAAACUAAUAAGGUGGCCCACGCUAAUAGCGUGGCUAGCCUCAGUUGUAAUAUUUUGUCACGAUAACAUUUGAUUAAUUGUAUUUUUCAUGAACUCUUUAUUUAGAUAUUUGGUUUUUAUAAUAAUUUGUUCUUUUUCUAAUACUAUAUUUGAUAUGGAUCAUUCUUUUUUCUAUUCUAAUCCCAACUUCAAUUAUUAUUUAUUUUAUUUGGACUCUUUAUUUAGAUAUUUUGCUUCCCAAAAUGUAUGGAAAUCAAACUACUAAUUUUCCAUAUUUUUUAGUUUGGAAUUAGCUAUUUAUUAAUUGUAAUUGAUAUUAACUCUUUGUUUAAUAUAUAUCGUUAGAUGCUCAUAAUAAUGAGUUGUUUAGAUCAUUUUUUUUCUGAUUAACAUAGUAAUUCAAUGACUUUAAAAGUAAAUAUAGUGACUCUUUUUAACACUUAAAUAAUAAUAUAAUAUAUAGGUAGAUUGCAAAAGUCCAUUUAUGGAUGAGAUUACAUAGUCUGGGCGAAUAAAAUCGCUGCGCCUGUCGAUGUCGAUGUGCUAAAUAGCAAAUCACGGAGGGUGCCAGGCGCAAAUAGUACAGUACGUGGGAUUUUAUCUCCAAGUGGCCCCGCCCCCUACGUGGAACGUUCCGAUCCGGCUCCUCACCCGACGCGUCACCUGACGCCACCACUCCAAAGCGCGUUGCCGCAGGCCCCAUUCCCACCACGUGCUCUUUUCCACCUCCUCCUCCUCCUCCCAUUUUUAUUUUUUUUAAACGAUGCUCCUCCAGAUUGGAAAAGCCAUUUGACCACGUGACCGUAAACCACCACGCACCGAACCGGUGGCUAUUUAACCCGCGUUCGAAUACUUCCCGGCAAACCAAACCGCUCUCCACUCCGUGCCUCUCCGUCGAAUCGCGCCGCCGCCGCCGCCUGCAGAACAGGGAAGCGGAGAGUUCGAGCCUGCGGGGAGCACGGCCGGAGGCCGGAAAUGCAGAUGGACUCCUACUACUACGCCAGCUUCCACGACGAGGCUGCUUUCUACCCGCACGGCGCCGCGCCGGCCUCCCCGGAGCUGCCCUUCGGCCUCAUUGCUUCGCCAGAGGAACCGCCGCAGGCGCCGAGGCCCAGCGCGUUCCGGGAUUACAGCGGGGCCGGGCCUGAGUUGCCCCCGGCCGGGGCGCGACCGCCACACGGGAGUGGGGAGAAUGUGCACAGGAGGGUUAUUGGCGCGCUGGGUAGGAUGGGGGGAGGCAGUGAUCAGACUAUGGAGGAAGCAGAGGUGCCGCAGCGGGGCGCGGCGGAGAGCAGCCGCGGGUUCCGGCACAUGAUGCGGGAGCGGCAGCGCCGAGAGAAGCUCAGCCAGAGCUACGCCGACCUCUACGCCAUGGUCUCCACCAGAUCCAAGGGGGACAAGAACUCGAUCGUGCAGUCCGCGGCGAUCUACAUCCACGAGCUCAAGGGCGCACGGGACCAGCUGCAGCGGCGGAACGAGGAGCUAAAGGCCAAGAUCCUCGGCCACGACGCGCAGCAGCAGUGCGUCAAGGUCCAGUUCGUGGUCGACGAGCCCUCGUCGGCGAUCGACUCCAUGAUCGGAGCCCUCCGGCGCCUGAAAAGCAUGGACGUGAGGGCGAGAGGGGUCCGGUCGAACAUGUCCAACGGCAGGCUGCGGACGGAGAUGAUUGUCGAAACAACGAUUGCGGCUGCUGAAGUCGAGAGGGCCGUGGAGGAGGCUCUGAUGACGGAGGUCGAGAACCAGCCGGAGCCUGACAGUGGCGCCCCCUUUCCAGGAACCACCCCCGCCGCCGCCACCAGCAGCGGCUCCUGGGGCCCUCAGGCGUCGUCGCACGUGCAAAAUGUAUUUUGACUUUUCACGCUCCCCGAAAACACGAGCCCAAACACAAGCCUCAUUUGUUAAUUCUUUUUAAGCAGCGGAGGGAGCGAGACUCUCCACGCGCCCUUAUCAUCCACGUGUCUGUGCUCCGUUCUUAAUCGUCGUUGUUUGUUCCAAGUGGGUUCUUUUGAGCACGCGGAGAAUUGUAUCUUUUUACCCGCAUUGGGAUGCACGAGGGUAAAUAGUAAUUAGUUCUGGUUGGAGUAUAAAUGAAUUAUUUAUUUUUCUCUA